UCUGCUCCUGACAGCAUACCGGCUCAGCUUCAGCCCAAACACCGCUUACAGACAGAAAAUGUCGUCCACUAAGGAGAAGCUGAUUGCCCACGUGAGCACCGAGCAGCCAGUGGGCUGCACCAACAAAGUGACUGUGAUUGGUGUUGGCAUGGUGGGCAUGGCCUCUGCCAUCAGCAUCCUGCUCAAGGAACUUGCUGAUGAGUUGGCCCUGGUUGAUGUGAUGGAGGAUAAGUUGAAGGGAGAGGCUAUGGACCUACAGCAUGGCAGUCUCUUCCUCAAGACUCAUAAAAUUGUGACCGACAAAGACUACAGUGUGACUGCCAACUCAAAGGUCGUGGUGGUGACCGCUGGGACUCACCAACAGGAAGGAGAGAGCAGGCUGAACCUGGUGCAGAGGAAUGUCAACAUCUUUAAGUUCAUCAUUCCCAACAUUGUAAAGUACAGCCCCAACUGUAUCAUCCUGGUGGUUUCCAACCCAGUUGAUAUCCUGACCUAUGUGGCAUGGAAGCUGAGUGGCCUUCCCAGGAACCGUGUGAUUGGUAGCGGUACCAACCUGGACUCUGCUCGGUUUCGCUUCCUGAUGGGUGAGAAACUGGGUUUGCACCCGUCCAGCUGCCACAGCUGGGUGAUUGGAGAGCAUGGAGACUCCAGCGUGCCUGUAUGGAGUGGCGUGAACGUAGCUGGUGUUUCCUUGCAGAGCCUCAACCCAGACAUGGGUACAGACAAGGACAAGGAGGAUUGGAAGAGUGUCCACAAAAUGGUGGUCGACAGUGCUUAUGAAGUCAUCAAGCUGAAGGGCUACACAUCCUGGGCUAUCGGUAUGUCUGUAGCUGACCUGUGUGAGAGCAUCUUGAAGAACCUACACAAAUGCCACCCAGUGUCCACCCUGGUCAAGGGAAUGCAUGGUGUGACUGAGGAAGUUUUCCUGAGCGUGCCCUGCAUCCUGGGUAGCAGCGGCCUGACCGACGUGGUGAAGGUGGCCCUGAAACCAGAUGAGGAGAAGCAGCUGGUAAAGAGUGCUGAAACCUUGUGGGGUGUGCAGAAAGAGCUGACCUUAUGAACUGUAGCCUCUCCCUAAACGCAG